AACAACAGAGCAGAUUGUUGGAGGGUUUUGGAAAAACGAGGGCUGCUCAGCUUUCUCAGAGAUAACUGAAUACGACAGGACAGAGUGAUAAAAUGGAUUAUUCUGGAAAAGAAAAAGAAGCCAUGGCCCUGGUCGCUGAAGCUGACAAGAAAACGAGAAUAUCAGGAUCGCUCUUUGGGACGUUUUUCGGGAGCUCUUCCAAGGCAGAGGAAGCCUGUGACAUGUACACGAGAGCUGCGAAUAUGUUCAAGAUGGCUAAGAACUGGAACGCUGCAGGAGAUGCGUUCUGCAGAGCUGCAAAAGUGCACUUGAAAACACAAAGCAAGCACAACGCUGCCGUCAGCUUUAUCGACGCCGGCAACGCGUACAAAAAAGCAGAUCCACAAGAGGCCAUCAAGUGUCUGAGUCGGGCCAUCGAUAUCUACACGGACAUGGGACGUUUCACCAUCGCAGCAAAACACCACAUCAGUGUAGCUGAAAUCUAUGAGUCUGAUUUAUUGGACAUUGAUAAGGCAGUUGUGCAUUACGAGCAAGCCGGUGAUUACUACAAAGGAGAGGAGUCUACAAGUUCUGCCAACAAGUGCCUUCUUAAAGUGGCUACGUACGCCGCCCAGCUUGAACAGUACCAGAAAGCGAUACAGAUAUAUGAACAGAUUGGGACCUACUGCAUGGACAACACCCUGCUGAAGUAUGGCGCUAAGGAUCACUUCUUCAGGGCAGCACUGUGUCACUUCUGUGUCGAUAUGCUGAACGCCAAGCUGGCUGUGCAACGAUACGAGGAAAUGUUUCCUGCCUUCUCAGACGCCAGGGAGUGCAAACUCUUGAAGAAACUUCUCGAUGCACACGAGGCACAAGAUGUCGACGCGUAUACAAGCGCUGUGAAGGAGUUCGAUUCCAUCACAAGGCUGGAUCAGUGGUACACCGCCAUAUUACUGAGAAUCAAGAAGACCAUUCAGGAGGAUGAGAACGAUCUCCGCUAAUACUGCGAAAAUAAAAGCUCUGGCUCACGAUGUCUUAUGCACAUCGACUUGUAUACUGUUCUUGACUCAUUCGUCCGCCUGGUUUUCCUUUAAUUUAUCAGCUGUAAGACACAACAGGUCCCUUCCUCACUUCCUCGUUACCUUCACGUUGAUGAGCUGUUCUCGAUUCCAUUUAGAACCGCACUGAGCGAUAGGUAUUUAUUUAACUGCUGGUCUUUUGUUGAAUUCCGUGCUUAACGUGCACAAACCGCUUUUCAGUUCCUCGUGAUUGUUUUCACAAACGAUUGCAUAAAUGUUUACCGUAAAUGAAUGGUCAAAUAUCUAAAUGAAAUUUGUAAAAAAAAAAAUUCAUUUCUGCCAAGAAGAAGUAAAAUGGCCCCCGUUUUCCUAUUUAUCCCUGUAAUUUUUAUUAUCACUGUAAUCCUCAGUUAAUUCUGGUUAGUGGUUAUCUGUUACUGCAGUAACAGUAUUAUGAUCAGUAACUAUUGACGGUUAAGUAUUUGACAUUUUGACUAUUUACUAUCUUAUUCAGCACGUUGUUUUGCUGGAGUUUUUGAACCGAAAGAGAAAAUUCCAGAGAAUUUUUUUUAACCGCUAGCUUUCGAUCCAGUUCCAAGUUUCAUCGCGGAUGCUCUCAAUUUGGAUCACAUCCUCGUCCUGUUGUGAUCCACAUUUGAGUGUUUGAUUCUUCUUGAACUAUUGUUAAAUGGGUACAAUAAUUGACUCAUGCUGCUGCACAACAUUUCUACAGUCCCUUUCAAAAGUACUGGAACGGCAAGGUCAAUUCUAUUGUUUUUGAUAUACACCGAAGACAUUUUGGUUUGAGAUCAAAAGACUAUGAAUAUGAGACGAUAGAUCAGAAUUUGAGCUUUCAUUUCCUGAUAUUUACAUCUAGAUGUGUUGAACAGCUUGGAACAUGGCACCUUUUGUGGCAGACCACAAACUUUUUAGGUGAGCAAAAGUAAUGGAACAUAAACAACUCUUAAUAUUUGGUUGUGUAUCCCUUGCUUGCAAUAAUUACAUUAACCCAGUGAGCCACUGACAUCACCAAACUGUUGCAUUCUUCUUUUGUGUUGCUUUUCCAGGCUUUUAUGACAGCUUCUUUCAGUUGUUGUGUUUUGGGGAGUUUCUCCCUUCAGUUUCCUCUUCAGGAGAUGAAAUGCUGCUCAACUGGGUUAAGGUCUGGUGAUUGACUUGGCCAGUCUAAAAACCUUCCACUUUUCCCCCCUGAUAAAGUCCUUUGUUGCUUUGGCAGUGCUUUUUGGGUCAUUGUCUUGCUGCAUGAUGAUGUUCCUCCCAAUCAGAUUGGACGCAUUUCUCUGUAAAUUGGAAGACAGAUUGUUUCUCUAGACUUUAGACUUGAAUUCAAUCACCAUCAUCAAUAAGUUACAUCAUCAAUAAAGAUUAGUGAGCCUGUUCCAGAAGCCAUGCAUGCCCAAGCCAUGACACUACCUCCACCAUGCUUGACUGAUGAGCUUGUAUGGUUUGGAACAGGGGCAGAUCCUUUCUUUCUCCACAAUUUGGCCAUUCUGUCGCUUUGGUAGAGGUUAAUAUUUGUUCCAGAACUUUUGUGGCUCAUCUCUGUAUUCAUUUGCAAAUUCCAGUCUGGCUUUCCAAUUCUUAUUGCUCAUGAGUGGUUAGCAUCAUGUGGUAUGGGCUCUAUAUUUCUGCUCUUGAAGUCUUCAUCAGAUGGUGGAUUGUGGUACCUUCACCCCUGCCCUGUGAUGGUUGUUGGUGAUGUCACUAACUGUUGUUUUUGAGUUUUUGGUUAUUGUUUCUGUCAUUCACUGCUGUUGUUUUCCUUGGCCGACCUGUUCCAUGUCUGGUUGGUAUUACACCAGUUGUUUCUUUCUUUUUCAAGACAUUCCAAAUUGUAUUGGCUAUGCCCAAUGCUUGUGCAAUGUCUCUGAUUAGAUUUUUCCCUCUUUUCUCAGCUUCAAAAUGGAUUGCUUUUCUCCCAUAGACAGCUCUCUGGUCUUCAUGUUGGUUUAUCCUUUUUAACAACAAAGGCAGUCUUCACAAGCGAAACCCAGGGCUUAAACCAAGAGUAGACUUUAAGAGCUGUUGAUUCUUUAAACAAUCAAUUUAACAGGGCACACCUGGGCAGCAAGAAACACAUAUAUUAGUCACAUGUUCCAAUAUUUUCGAUCACUCGAAAAAAUGUGUGGGUUCAAACAAAAGGUGCCAUGUUCUAAGUUGUUUAACACGUCUAGAUGUAAAUAUGAGGAAAUGAAAGCUGAAAUUUCUGUCAGUUUUCUCGUAUUCAUCUUUUCAUCUCAAACCCAAAUGUCUUCAGUGUAUAGUGAAAAGAAUAGAAUUGGCCUUGUUGUUUCAAUAUUUUCGGAAUGGACUGUAUAUUUGUUGUUGUUUUUUUAGAUUUUCACAAAUCAUUUUUAUUUAUUAGUUUAUUUUAGUUCAGUUCUAGUUUCAAUGUGAACAGGCCAAAUGACAUACUUAAGCAUGAAAGGAAAUUGCAUGAAGAUCGAACCUGGCUUGUAACUCCUAGGGGAGUAAAUUGAAGGCCCUUUUUUCCCAAUUGGUAAAUAAAAGGUUUUGAACUCC